AUGGGUUACAACACGCUUCCUAGAAGGAAAUGGCGUAAGCCAAACAAUAUUCCCUCAUACUCGGAGAUCUCCAAUGACACAAGACCAUCCUUUAUCGAAGCUUGUUGCGGGAAUGGGGAUAGGCUUUAUGCUCGGAACGGCAGUCUAAAAUUGUUUUUAGAUAUAACGGAAAAUCGCAUGCUGGAUUACGAACGCGCCACAGCCGAAUUAUUUAACGUUACCUGGAAACCUCGGGCCGAUCAACCUUCUUUAGAGCGUCAGUUCGAAGUAUCUACUAAGAUCAUCAGAUUAAUCAGAUCUUCAACCGCUCAGACGACGAUAGACGAUAUUGUAACACAAUUAUUCGAUAGUUCGGAAACUCCUGUACUGGGUACUAAAACUCAUGAAAAUACGAUGCGACACUUCGUAUUUGCUGUUAUCGGCUGGUCUACUUUGCUAUACACACCGGUAUUCACAACGGCAGAUGCUGACUUCAAGAUUGCGGAGACCCAGUCAAAUAGAAGUAAAGAAAAGCAGACCAUCAUACCUAUCGAGGACUCGUCACAGAGACCCAUUGGAGCUAUGCUUCGUAGCUAUAAACUUGUCCCAAUAGCUUGUCCACAGGGUGCUGGGUUGCCACAAGUAUUACCGAAUCUUUUGGUUACUCAUUUGAAUGUUUACUCCUUAUCUCAAUUAGGUGGCGUUACAAUUCUUUGGGUUAAUGAUCUUUCAAAGCACUGCGAAUUCGAUCGGUAUAGUAGAAAGAAACAACUGAAACUAUUUCGCCUGCCUUCACUCUGUGCUGAAAUAUGUCUGAGCGAGGAUAAUGAGACUCUUAUUGACCGGUUAUUCAAGAGCCACAUUUGCCGAAAGAACUGCCAAUUCAACACCGAUUCAGUGGGGAAAUUAUACCUGGCCGAAGUCUUACUAAGUUAUCGUCUAUUAUUCGGACAACAUUCCCAUUCUCGCAAACUGUUUCGUGAGAAGGAACUCAAAAGUGCAAAGUGGAAUGGGGCCCUAGACCCCUUACUUGGCGUACUAUGCGGAAAUAAAGACGUAGAUGAUUCUACUGGAAUCGUUGAACUUCUUCACGAGCGUAACGUCUACAAGGUACAAGACAGCUUUCCUCAUUUGGGGUUACGGCUUGCUGAGUUGGCGGAUUAUAUUUCUGGUCAAGAACCAAAUGACUUCCUUGAAGUAUGGAAGGAUCAACGAAAUCCUGAUAGGCUUCUUACCCUGAAGGCUGCUAUAAAAAUAGGUUUGGCUACGGUUAUCUUAGGCAUUCUUCAAGUCUUACUGGGCAUCGCGCAGUUAGCAAUAUCAAUUUAUAAAUAG